GCUCCGGCUCUUCUACCUCCUCCCGCUGCUGCCUCCGCUGCUGCCUCCUUCCCCACUUCCUUCGUCAGGCGGGCGUCUGCGGGGGUCCGAGGGGCGGCGGCGGCAGCAGCGAUAUGGAGCUUGAGACCGGCGGCCGAAGCGCUGCUCGCGGACACGGCGCUGGAUCCCCGAGCAUUCCGCCGCCCCGGGAGCAGGAGCGGAAGCUGGAGCAGGAGAAGCUGUCCGGGGUGGUGAAGAGCGUCCACCGGCGGCUCCGCAAGAAGUACCGGGAAGUGGGAGAUUUUGAUAAGAUCUGGCGAGAACAUUGUGAGGAUGAGGAAACACUUUGUGAAUAUGCUGUUGCAAUGAAAAAUUUGGCAGAUAAUCAUUGGGCAAAAACUUGUGAGGGCGAAGGUCGUAUUGAAUGGUGUUGUAGUGUAUGCAGAGAAUAUUUCCAAAAUGGUGGGAAGAGAAAAGCACUUGAAAAAGAUGAAAAAAGAGCUAUACUCGCCACUAAGACCACUCCAGCCUUAACUACGCAUGAGUCUUCUAAACUUGAAGGUCAUUUAUCCAACCUCAGCUUUACAAACCCUGAAAUUAUAACUGAGUUACUACAAACCUCAGGAAAGAUCAGAUUACUUGAUGUUGGCAGCUGCUUUAACCCAUUUCUGAAGUUUGAAGAAUUUCUCACUGUCGGCAUAGACAUUGUACCUGCUGUAGAGAGUGUGUAUAAGUGUGACUUCCUGAACUUACAGCUUCAGCAACCACUCCAGCUUGCACAGGACGCUGUAGAUGCCUUUUUGAAGCAGCUGAAAAACCCUAUUGAUUCUCUUCCUGGAGAACUUUUCCAUGUGGUUGUUUUCUCUCUGCUUCUUUCUUAUUUUCCAUCACCUUACCAGCGAUGGAUUUGCUGCAAGAAAGCCCAUGAACUGUUAGUGUUAAAUGGUUUAUUGCUUAUCAUCACACCUGAUUCCUCCCAUCAGAACCGUCAUGCUAUGAUGAUGAAAAGCUGGAAGAUUGCCAUAGAGUCCCUGGGCUUUAAACGUUUCAAGUACUCAAAAUUUUCACAUAUGCAUCUGAUGGCAUUUAGGAAAAUCUCCCUAAAAACCACAAGUGACUUGGUGAGUAGGAACUACCCAGGGAUGUUAUAUAUUCCUCAAGAUUUCAACAGUGUAGAAGACGAGGAAUAUUCUAAUCCUUCCUGCUACGUGCGAUCAGAUACAGAAGAUGAACAGCUAGCGUGUGGUUUCACAGAGCUCCCUGAGGCACCAUACGACUCAGAUUCUGGAGAAAGUCAAGCCAGCUCCAUUCCUUUCUAUGAGCUGGAAGAUCCCAUAUUACUUUUAAGUUAAUAUAAAAGCAAAAGACCCCUUCAGUCCAGACUCCUAAACUAAUUGCUUACACUAAUCAGAAUUACUAACAUGAACUCAGUACUUAAAAUCUGGUUUGCAUAGGAGAAAUACACAGGUUUACAGAGUUUACUAUUUUUUUCUGCUUCUGGAUUUUAAAAUUUAUUCUUAUAUAGAAAGCUUAAAGUUUCAUGUAGAGUGACCCCUGUCAUAGCGGAAACCACUGUUACUUUAGCAUUUAGCACUAAGAUACCACAGAAAGGUACCUUUUUCUCUUUAGUGUUAUUGUGAAAAAUGAAGCAUAAUUUGCUAUGUAUUUUUUUCUUUUUUCCAUCUUUUCAAUGUUGACUUUAAACCACUGCAUUGAGAAACUUUAAGUAGAAAGCUGUAGAUUUCACUUUGAUGAUUCACAAGUUAAAUGUGACAGAUAGAUUGGUUUAGUUAUUUUGUGAUGCACUUACUCUUUUUUCUAACUAAAUUAUCUAUUACAGAAAGCCAUUUUCUGUAUUCAGUUUUGUCUGAUGAUCCAACAUUUCCUAAUCUUUUUGGAAUUGAUGAUAAUUUUUUUCCUUGUUCUUGCUCAUUUCGCAACAUCACACAUUGGGGGACAGAUUUCCCCCAAAGUAUAUAUUGUCAUUUGAUUAACACAGUACAAUAAACACCAUUGCCAAAGUAAAAUUUUCAUCUUUCUUAUUGAUUUGGUCCUUGGUGUUAAGUAUAUUUAAUUGUGAGAGUUCACUUUUACUCUUUUUAUUUAGGUUUCAUUUACAAAAUAUUUAAGCAAGUAACAAUAUAUACUUGAUAUUGACCUGAAACACCUUUGUGAAAGGGUUUGCACUUGUAAGAGAGCUUUUAUUUUAUCUAGACCAAUCUUGAUAAAAAGUCCUCACCUUUCCGUUAGGGAAAUGAUGCACUACAAGUCUGAAAUUAUAUAGAAAACAUUUUAAAUUAACCCACUGCUGGUAGUCUCAUAAAAUGGUUUCGACCUUUUGGUAUUCUUAUUUCUAUCUAAACCCUAGCUAAACAUUUUCUUUGAAAAUAUAAACCAUUAGUUGGCUGUGGGAAUUUUCCCUUUCCACAUUGAUAAAUGCCUUUCUGUGUUUCUGGAUCAGAAGCAAAUUAUUAAGGAGAAAUAUAUGUCUAAACAAGACAAGAUUUAGUUUAAAUAGCUAAAAACACUUAGUCUUACAUUGUCUUGUCAGCCAGCAAUUGUCAUGUAAACUAUCAUUUUUUAAGAGUGCCACUGUGUGGAUUUUUUUCAAGUGGUUAUUACAUUAAAAUUACCUCAUACUGAGGUUUUUGCACUGAAAUAUCAGUUUCAGAUUUCAUGAUUAAUGUACGUGUGUGUGUUUUUAAAGCAAACUUGCAUUUUCAAUUGUUGACCCUAAAUUUCAUAAACUACUUCUUUACUCUGGUAAACUGAUGUUUUUGUGCUUAUUAUGAAGUGCUGUAGUUAACUUUGAAUGUGAAACUUAGAAAUGCAAAAUUUAUCCUUUAAGAAAUAAAUGGUUGAGUGUAUUCCUGAUAUUUCACAUUCUAAAUUAACGAAAGUAAAGAGAUUGUAAUUAACCCAGAAAGGUUAGUUAAUUACAUGCAGUAAACAUUUGUUGCUGAAAUAUGCCAGAAGUAACUUGAAAUUUUUCAUUUACUUUCAAUAGUAUAAGAUACCUUAAUAGUUAGGCUUGACUUUUCUUUCCAGUCAAGCCUUGACCCACAAGACUGGUCAAGUCUUGUAGUUCCCCCAAAAGAAGAAGGAAAAAAAAACACUGUGUUCAGGACAACACAAAACUUGUUUUGGUAGUACUUCUUUUACAUAUUGUUGGUUUUCUUUGAUUUGACUAAAUAUUGUUAAGGGCAAAGAAAACAAUAUACCAAAUAAAAAUGCUUUGAAAGUAAAUGAAAACAGUGCUUUUGAGAGGCUUGUAUAAGUACGACCUUGGAGUCAACCUUCGUGUCACAGCUAAAAUGUUGGUGCUAUACAUUCUUCUGAUUGUUUACAGAUGUUGAUUCUGCUUAUGCUCCGAAAUGUGCAUGAUGUAUUUUAAGUAGUACUUUACAGAAAAAUCUCUUUAUAAAACCUAUACUCCCACUUAGUAUAAAUUUGUUUGAAUUUAUAAAUACCAUUUGUUACUGUAAAUUCAGCUUAUUCAAAUUAUGUUGGCACAGGAUUUAAACUAAUACAUAUUCCACCAAAGCCAGUUCAACGUAUGUGUUAAAAUAUAAGCAGUCAUGUGGCUAGGUGCCAGAUUAUAUGUGUAAUGACGAGAAGUUAAUAGAACCUUCCUUUUAAUAUACUGUAUGGGUACUCUCGAGAAUGAUUUCAUUUAGAUAUAAAGAAGUUAAGGGGCCUCCUGUCACAUUCACAAUAGGACUGUCCAAAACUAUUUGGUGUUUCAAACACAAAUAAUUUGGUUGGAUUCUUCAGGAUCAAGUGGUUUAUAUCAUAGUUGCCAGGUGGUGGGAGGUGGCAUACCUGAAAAUGUAUGUUUGUGUUUGUUGUAUUUUUUCACAUUUUGUGAGCAAAGCACAUUUAUUAAAAAUUUUAAAUUUUCUAGUA